AUGCUCGAGCUGCCCCGCUUAUCCAGAGAUGAUCUGAGUAUAACCAACGCGACAGACAAGGAUGUGCCAGUAAUUCAGUCCAUGGUAGAGGCCGCCUACACCAAGUACAUUGAUCGCAUUGGCAAGCGGCCAGCCCCGAUGGACGAGAAUUACCACCAAGCUAUACACACCCACACGGUCCUUGUGCUGAGAGGAGAUGACCAAGUAGUCGGCGCAAUCGUUCUUGAAAUUGAACCAUCCUCGAAUUCUGUCAAAGUCAAUAACUUGGUGGUCCAUCCCGCAGCACAGGGUCGUGGAUACGGGCGGGUUCUGAUGGAUUAUGCGGAGGACGUUGCCCGGUCGCAGGACUACCGGGCGCUGACACUUUAUACGAAUGUCAGGAUGUAUGAGAACCUCGGCGUAUAUUCGAAGAUGGGAUUUUUCGAGACCGAAAGGAAGCAUGAAAAUGGCUUUGAUCGGGUAUAUUUACGCAAAGAUCUCUGA